UGUCUGUGUAAUACAAUUUUUGAAGCAUACGGUUUUUAUCAUUCUAAGCUCUUUAUCUUAUAUGCGGAAUGGCAGUGUUUAUAUGAGAAGUGAGAAUCCUCCUCACUUCUGGGCACUCAAGUCAAAAGUUGCCCGAUAUGUCUUACGAUGGGCUUACGUUUAUAGAGCCAAAAGCUCUCUACAACUUGCUGCAGCAAGCAACGUUUUAUUCCUGUCUAAGUGACCCGAAUUAUCUGCUCCUCAUAGAUGCACGGAAAAAGCAUGAAUUCGCUGAAGAUCAUGUUCUAACUGCAAAAAAGGCACCAAAGAGAGAAAAUGGUGAAUUUUUGGUUCCAUAUGAUGCUGAGUUGGAAUGCAAACAGAACAUUGUGAUCUAUGAUAGCAACACCUCAGAAUUUACAGAUCCACAAGCUCCAGCACUACUGUGUGGAUGCUUACUAUGGAACAUGGGCAGCAGGAAUCCAGUCCAGAUAUUGAAAGGAGGAUAUGAAGCGUUUUCAGCUCUUUAUCCAUUUCUUCGCACUCAAAAAAUUAUUUAUAUGCCAAGAGAAAUGGAUGAAAUAAAACCCUAUCCUGUUGAGGUUCUGCCUGGAUUCUUGUAUCUAGGCAACUGGUUCCAUGGUAAUGAAUCAUACAUCCAGAAGGAUCUCAAGAUCAAAGCCCACAUAAAUGUAUGUGUGGAGCCAGGGACUCUCUUUGCAGAACCAGGACAGCAACGGCUGCACAUUCAGGUAGAAGAUCGAGAAGAUGCUGACCUUUUCAGCCACUUUUCAAAGGCCUGCACUUUUAUUGAUAAACAUGAGCCUGCAAAAGAAGCUGUGUUGGUGUUUGACUACCUAGGAAUUAGCAGAUGCGUAACAGUUGUUAUUGCAUAUCUGAUGCAUCAUAUGCAUUGGACACUAGAUGUUGCCUACAUUUAUGUCAAAAACUGUAUUUCAACAAUGAAGCCAACCAGAAAUUUCAUCAAGCAACUGUCACAGUGGGAAGAAGUUUUGUUUGAAAAAAAAAGCACAGAGAUUGAUGAUCUGCUCGUUUAGUGUAGAAUUUUUCAUUUAUGGAUCUUUAUACAUUCUCAUUUUAGAUAUUGUUAAAAACUUUACAGUUAUGUCUUCAAAGAUACAGAGGGGUAACAAAAAGUGGAUAUCGUUGGUGAUGCACCUUUUUUAUACUUCUAUGUAUAUAUUUACUUGUAUACAUAUAUUUACAUACAUGUACAAAAGUAUUGCAAGAAACAUUGAAUUGUUCAUGCUCUUCAGUCAGAGGUCUACAGCCUACACUAAAUAAAAUUUGAAUAUCUGGUCGAUCUUUAACACGCAUUUUAAUCCCUCACUGCUUAGCCAGUAAUUGCAAUAUAUACCAGCAAAUGCUGGAAAAAUUAUGACUUCGGGGAAGUGGAAUGCAAACUGAUUAGAGCACUGGUGUUCAAACCCAGAUGUGAAUGGGCAAUUCCUGUGUGGCAGAAUGUUACCCCAGUCAACACAGCAGUUGGAAAGGGGUAUUCAACUCCACAGAGGGUUGGAAAAAGGGAAAGUAGCUAGAGGAAGAGUAAAUGGGUGCCACUUUCAAAAAGAAUUGUCACCAAAAAAAGUGUGGUGUCUACAAAUAGCCACUCCUUUGACCUAAAAAAAAGUCAGGGGCCAACUUUUACCUUAAAUGACAUGUGCAAAGCAGCUUUCCCAUUCUGCACACAUACUUAUUAGUACAAAAAAAUCUUAUUAUUUUUAUACACUGUAUUAUUUACUAAACGUGUCCUUUAUCAAUGUACACUGUUAUUCCAGAAUUUUUUUUAAUGCAUCAAAUGAGCAUUUUCAAAUCAACCAAAAUCUUUUCAUAAACAAAAAUGCAAAGUAAAAUUCCUUUUAAUGUAUUUUUUCUUAGAGACUGCAGAAAUACUUUUGUGAAAUGUUUUGAGUAAAUCAUCAUAAUACCAAAGAGUCCACAAUAAUGUGCCUCUCUCAAAUCUCACUUUUUUCACCUUUAUGUUUACAUUUACAAGCCCAGAAUUAAAAGGAGAGGUAUCUGGUACUGAACAUUUAUAGGUGAACCAAGCUACAUUUCAUAAUAUUUCUGUCGUUUUGAGGAGCAUGUAAGUACAUCAUAUUUUGCACCAGUAAAACUGAUUUUAAACUCAGUCUGAUUAGUUAAUCUGAUGAUUUUGUCAUCAACCACUGUGCACAGGUACAACAUUCUCUGAAAUGCCCAAUGUUAGUGUUCCUUUAAUAACUUUUUUCCAAGACCUGUCACAGAUUUCUACUGAAUCUACUGAAUCAUUUUAUGAAGGAAUUAUUGUGAACACCAUUAAGUUUAAUUUUUAUAGGAAGGACAAUAAACAUAUUUUAUGUUUUUAUGUUAGCAUCAUGCAAAAAUUGUUGCCUUUUCCACCUAACAAUCCAUUAGUAUAGCAAUACACAUGUGCUUUCGCCAGCAAGGAAGUUAUCACCUUUUCUCAUAACCAAAAGAGAUCUCCCUCUUCUUCCCUUAAAACACAUGAGGCACAGACAUACACAUAUAAACACACACACACAUAUGUGCUUGCACAUACAUAUUUCAACUCUUAAGUGGAUUUUAUACUUUAAUACUUUUAAACCAUGCAUCUCAACAAUAUGCAUUUUGUGAUGAAAAAAGAUUUUGAACAUAAAAAAAUUUGUCUGAAUACAACAUUUCAAUGACAUUUAAAUUUUGAAAUGCAUUGUUCCUUGAAACCAGUAAAUGAAAAGGUUUUCAAAGUU